CACAGAAUAAUAGACACAUUUUUAAAAAGUUAGAAUUAAACAUUUAAGUGUGUAUCUGCUUAGUGCACUUACUCAAACUGAAAUCCCCUCACUGCCUAAAUGUUAUUGAAGGAACAGGCCUCCGCCUCUGCAUAAAUCACCUGUUAACUUGCAGGAUCAAAGGUCUUUUAUGAGUUAUCGCUGGAAUUUGCUCAGUCAGUCAGAGGCAGGCGGACUGUGUGCCACCAUUUCUGCAACACUCCUCCAGGUUAAACCCCAGGUCUGCCAAAAAAACACCAGCAAACAUGGACAACACGUAUGACAUAGUAGCUGUGCAUGAAGGGCGCCGUGAUGGAGCUGAAAGCCCCGACCGAGAGAACUCAGGUGAGGCGAAAGAGCAGCUGGUGCAGGUUCACACCUCUGCGGAGGCAGAGCGCAGCUCUCCGGACUACAUGGACACCAGAGACGCGGAUAAACACAGCAGCUCGUCCUCUUCAUCAAGCGACGACGAAGAGGGUAAACCCGAGAAAGUGGCAGAGGAAAAAGAGGAGGUGAAGGCCGAAGAACUAAAGAUGGAGCCAGAGCCUGUAGUGAUAAAGGUGGAGGAGGUGAACGGCGAGGUUCACUCCGGAUCCAGGCGCUCUUCUGCCUCCUCAGCGUCCUCCCAGGACCCAUGCGACGACCCGCCGAGGAUCCUGGAGGAGGAUAACGUAGAAGAUGGUAUGAUGAUGGCGUACACCCACCACAGUACUGAGUCCAGCCCGGAGGAGUCUGUCGACUACAGCCUCAAACCUCUGGAGAAUGUCACCCUGGAUGAGAGCAGCGCUGCGCCAGCAGAUCCGAGCCUACCUGACAUCUCUCUGUUUGUCAAGGCAGGCAGUGAUGGAGAGAGCAUCGGCAACUGUCCCUUCUCUCAGCGCCUCUUCAUGAUCCUCUGGCUCAAAGGAGUGGUGUUCAAUGUCACCACCGUCGACCUCAAGAGGAAGCCGGCGGAUCUGCACAACCUGGCUCCGGGGACACACCCUCCUUUCCUGACCUUCAACGGAGAGGUCAAGACCGAUAUCAACAAGAUCGAGGAGUUCCUUGAGGAAACGCUCUCUCCUCCAAAGUAUCCCAAACUGGCGGCCAAGCAGAGAGAGUCGAACACAGCUGGAAAUGACAUCUUCGCCAAGUUCUCAGCCUACAUCAAGAACACCAAACCAGAGGCCAACGCUGCUCUAGAGAAAGGUCUGAGCAGAGCCCUGAAGAAGCUGGAUGACUACCUGAACAGCCCCUUGCCUGAUGAGAUCGAUGCAGACAGUAUGGAGGAGGAGAAGGGCUCAAACCGAACCUUCCUGGACGGGAACGAGCUCACUCUCGCAGAUUGCAACCUGCUGCCUAAACUGCACAUAGUCAAGGUUGUUGCUAAGAAGUACCGUAACUACGACAUCCCCUCAGACAUGACAGGGGUGUGGCGGUACCUGAACAACGCCUACGCACGUGAUGAGUUCACUAACACCUGCGCCGCUGACUCUGAGAUCGAGACCGCCUACAAAGAUGUGGCGAGGAGACUGGCCAAGUAACUCGUCUAGCGACCCAAGCUCAAACAAAAUAAACUGGCAACAAAUGACACAAAAAACAUCACUUUCAAACAUG